AGUGUGUGCAUAACCGUGCUGAGUACAAAGUGCGUGUUGACGAAAGUGACUUCGCAACACUGGUUUUACAUGUGACCUGUACCCUGAAAAAGACCUGAAAAAGGGUGAUAUGAUACUUGACGAUAGGAGUACCAGCAAGACUGGGAGUACUAGCAGCCGUCGUUUCGUUUGCUACUUGGAAGUUUCUCUGACUCUCAAAACUUCCAAGUAGUGGCAAAGUUCUCGGUCGGAGCAUGACUAAAGUCGUUGAUGAUGAGUUUUGGAGGCAACUUUGGGUGAACGACCAAAUCGGGUUCCACGAGUCGGAAGUUCAUCCAACCCUCAAGAAAUAUAUUGCUGAGUUGACUGCCGGACAAGAGAAAUGCCGGAUCUUCGUUCCGCUGUGUGGAAAGUCAGAAGACAUGAAAUGGCUGGCUGAUCAAGGCCACACUGUUGUAGGAGCGGAGCUGUCGGCUCUUGCGAUUCAAGAUUUCUUCAAGGAGAACAAAGUCGAAUUUACCUCCAGCCCUAUGGAAGGAGUCAGUGAUGCCGAUCUGUACAAGAGUAAAGAUGACAGUAUUCAUCUCUACAAAGCAAACAUCUUUGACUUGAAGAGAGAUAUGAUUGGCGAAUUUGACUGCAUUUGGGACCGUGCGUCGUUGGAUGCAUUGCUCCGUGAGGAUAUUCAAAAAUAUGCCGAUCACAUGAGGUCACUUCUGAAACCAAAGGGCAGAUGUCUUCUGGAAACUGUUGAAUUUGACCAAAGUAAAGCGAAUGGUCCCCCAUUUUCAACUCCAGCAAACGUAGUGGAAAAACUUUAUGCUGAAGGCUGGGAAAUCAAACCACUACAGGUAACAGAUGGAAUGAACGACCAAUGGCGAAGCAGAGGGGUAGAUAAUGUAACCGGAAAAACAACCUUGCUGACCAAGAAAUAACUGUGGUCAGAAGAUAGGUAGAUGAUGACAUUAGCUGAUGUUGACUCUGUCAUUAUGAGACUAGCAGCUGCAGCUGAUUAGCUAGGAAAGAGAGUGAGUGACUGAAAUCAGGCCUUCAGAUCAUAAUAAGUGAAUCGAUGUGUUUAUAACAAGAUCACCAUUUUGAUAUGGACCUGUGAAAUUCAGCUGGAUAAUGAACUUAUUAUUAUGAGGACACAGUGUGGUGAC